UGAUUUUCGCGAGAUUUUCCGCCAUAUUUCUCCUACCUUGAAGCUGAAGCUACAAAACGGCUAUCCAUUAUUAUUUUGGCGUUAACGCCUUAAAGAAACUACAUACACAAAUAUAGGAUUUUCACAAUUAGCAAACAUCGUAUUUUUUCCUUUGAGUGAAAGAUCCGUAUCCAGUAAGUGGAAGUGUAGCUGUGAGUCGGAAGAAAGGGACUGCUAGAAACAGCAAAAUAAGGCAAAGGGGUCGGUGUUUAAAGAAAAGGCGCACCUCAUGCCAGUUAAGUCACAGAAAUUACUUAUAAAACAGCUACCGUGUAUUCAAUUUACUCCCUACACACACCCGAAUAUAUAAUAUACAGUAUAUAUAUCGCACAGAUUGAAACCAACACAGCAACGCUCUAAGCUUUAUCGACGGAACAAAUGUCGCAGCGAUACCAGAAUCACCAGUAUUAUUAUUAUUGUUGGUAAUAUUUUUUUACUACUUCACCAUCUCUUGCCAUUUAGCGUGUUGAAGGAAAAAAAAAAAAAAAAAAAAAAAAAAAAAAAAAAGACGUCGGGGAAAGCCAGCCAUCCAUCCAGUAGUCGGAUUCCCUAAAGUGCGAAAGGGACUGCAAGACCCCAGAUUUUUUAUUCAAAGGAGGGCCCAGGUCAUUUUUGGCCGAAGAAAUCGGAAUGCAUGCCUCUCUCAAGCGUUAAUAAGUUCGCUUCUGAGGAUAGCAACACAACUACCAAUAACACCACCACCAGCACCACCACCUCCACCAAUAAUAAUAAUAAUAGUAACAAUAAUAAUCACCAGAGCCGGUCGAGCGAGGACAAUACGAACCACCGCAAGCGUCGUUUAAGUGGCUCAAUAGUUGCAGUGAGUAGUACAGUCGGAGGAGUAUCAUCUGAGAGUAACAGUACUGGCGUUAGUAGUAGUAGUGGUACGUUGAGUAAUACCAGCACCAGUGAUACAGCGACAGGACCUACAACAUCAGCAUCAGUAAUAUUGUCGACUACUACAACAGCAGCGGCAGAAAUAAGUUCAGACAGUGGCUGUUCCAGUUGGUCGAGACCAUUAAAUAGUACCGCCACUACUACUCCUCCACCACCAUCAUCAUCAUCAUCAUCAUCAACAUUAGUAGACUCUACUUCCGACUCUUACCAGCGUCCGUCUUCUCCGUCGAAUCAUAAGAAAAUCAAAGUGUCCAUUAGUCCCACGGCGGGAUUGGCAUUUGACCUGGACAUUACAAGCCAACACAACAAAAACAACAACAACACUGUAAUAACAACGACAACAACCACAACAACAGCAGCCACAGUACCGCUGCCAGCACCAGCAAUAGUAGCUACUGACUAUAAUACUGCCAGUGUUAACAACGACACUAACACCGCCAACAUCAGUGAUAGUAGUGUUGUGAGUGUCAACCACUCCAGUAGUGGAGAUAACGGUGCAGAAGGUGCAGGAACAACAACAACAGCUGCAUCAUCAGGAGUAAGUGAAGAAGCAGAACAUACUGGAAGUGGUCAAGGUGGAGGUGCCAGCUCUGGGACUGACGGCUCUUGCUCCUCGGUCGAACCAUCUACCACCAUCUCAACUGUCAUUGCUACAACAACAGCAUCAGCAACAACAACUAAAGUUGAAAGUGUGUCGGCAGUGGCGUCGUCGUCGACAACAACAACAACAACAACAACAGCAGCCAAAAGCAAAGAGGUCAGUGGCCCCAGCAGCAGCACCGCCGCCGCCACCACUUCUACCACCACCACUAACAGUACUAACGGCAUCCGACCGACUGUUGUGACGAGCAAAGUGAAUUCGCAAACCUUCAAAAACAAAGCAAGCGACGACCAGGAACUUAACCUCACCACCGCCACCAAUACCAUAACCACUGCUACUACCACUUCCACCCUCACUCCUACCACCACUUCUGCCAGUUGUACAGGUACCUCAACCAGUACAACAACCACAACUACUAGUAACUAUACCACUAAGACUUUCACUGCUCCGUCGACAUCGAGGGACAAAAGUGGGCAAAACAUAGAAGGUCCUAGCUGCAGCAGUGGUGGUGGUGGUGGUGACAGCGGCGGCGCUGGCAGCAGCAGAGGUGGUAGUGGUGGACGUAAGGAAGAGAAGGAAGACGACGACGACCGCAACCACAAUCAUCAUAAACAAGAAGAAAAAGAAGAAGAAAGUAAGAGAAAAGGAGAGAGGAGAGAAGAAGGAGAAAGAGACAGAGGUGAGGGAGGAGGAGGAGGAGGAGGAGUAGACGCAGCAGCAUCAACAGCAACACCAGUAGCAGCAGCAGCAGCGGCGGCUGUAGACGAAGUGGUAGAGAGAGAAAAAGGUGAUAGAGGAGUGAGAACAAUGACCGAGUCUGAGAGGAGACCUAACUUCUCCGCUCUGACCAACUCCAGCAAUGGUAUCAGCAGACACCAUGCUUCACCCCUCAACGCCGCCAACAGACCCGCCGCCGCCAAAAAAUUGGUCAUCAAAAAUUUCAAAGAUAAACCCAAGUUGCCGGAGAAUUACCAGCAAGACACAUGGCAGAAAUUGAAAGAGGCUGUCGAAGCCAUCCACAACAGCCACUCCAUAAAAUCCUGUUUGGAAGAACUUUAUCAGGCAGUUGAAAAUUUGUGUUCUCACAAAAUGUCUGCUACAAUUUAUGAACAGUUAAAACAUGUCUGUGAAAGCCAUGUGCAAUCUAAUCUACAACAGUUUUUAGGAAAAACCAUGGGUUAUGAAAUGUUCUUGAAGGCAAUAAACAAUUGCUGGCAGGACCAUUGUCGGCAGAUGAUCAUGAUCCGAAGUAUUUUCUUGUUCUUAGACCGAACCUAUGUGUUACAAAACUCCUCUGUACUUUCUAUAUGGGACAUGGGUUUGGAUCUGUUUAGGACACAUAUCAUUAGUCACCAAGUUGUCCAGGCAAAGACAGUUAGUGGUCUACUCCAGCUGAUUGAACGAGAACGAGCUGGUGAGGCUGUGGACAGACAACUACUGAAAAGCUUAUUGAGAAUGCUCUCUGAUCUACAGAUUUAUCAAGAAGCAUUUGAAAAGAAAUUUCUUGAAGCCACAGAUCAGUUAUAUGCCGCUGAAGGUCAUCUUCUCAUGCAAGAGAGAGAUGUCCCUGAAUACUUGGCUCAUGUAGAUAAACGUUUGAAUGAGGAAUCUGAGCGUCUGCUGCAUUACCUAGACCAGUCCACCAAAAAGCCACUGAUAUCUUGUGUUGAGAAGCAACUUCUUGAACAACACCUAUCUUUGAUGUUACAAAAAGGUCUUGAACAUCUGUUGAAUGAAAACCGGAUUUCGGAUUUAACUUUAAUGUAUCAGCUAUUUUCUCGCGUCAAGGAAGGAUUAAAAGAACUGUGUUAUGCUUUUGCUAUUUACAUUAAGGGAACUGGCAGAUUGAUUGUGAUGAAUACAGAAAAUGACCCUGAAAAGGAUAAGGAGCUAGUGCAAACUUUACUUGAUUUCAAAGACAAGAUUGACAACAUAAAUGCUGUUUGCUUCCAAAAGAAUGACAGAUUUGUGAAUACCAUACAGGAGACCUUUGCUUUCUCUUUCUCUUUGGUUCUCAUCUCCAACUCUUCUCUUCCAGCUAAGUAUGUGGACUAUAAGCUCCGGGCGGGAAAUAAAGAAGCAACAGAAGAAGAAUUAGAACGGCUUUUAGAUAAGAUAAUGGUUCUGUUUCGAUUUAUCCAUGGAAAAGAUAUGUUUGAAGCUUUUUAUAAGAAAGACCUUGCUAAGAGACUUAUUGUUGGAAAGAGUGCUUCAGUUGAUGCAGAAAAGUCCAUGCUGUCAAAACUAAAACAGGAAUGUGGAGCAGCUUUUACCAGUAAGUUAGAAGGAAUGUUUAAAGAUAUGGAAUUAUCAAAGGAUAUUAUGUUAAAUUUCAAGCAUCAUAUGCCUGCACGUUCUCAGCCUGGCGGUAUUGAUCUGACUGUAAAUAUUUUAACAAUGGGUUACUGGCCUACAUACCCACAUAUGGAGGUGCAUCUUCCUGUUGAGAUGGUUCAAUAUCAAGAAAUAUUUAAGAAGUUUUACCUCGGAAAGCACAGUGGUCGCAAACUCCAGUGGCAGCCUACGUUGGGUCAUUGUGUCUUAAAAGCAGAAUUUAGUAACGGUAAGAAAGAACUACAGGUAUCUUUGUUCCAGACUCUGUGUUUCCUUCUUUUCAAUGAUGGAGAUGAGUUUACAUUUGAAGACAUAAAACAAGCUACAGCUAUAGAAGACAGUGAACUUCGUCGAACAUUGCAAUCCUUAGCUUGUGGAAAAGCCAGAGUGUUACUUAAAGUUCCUAAGGGCAGGGAUGUGGAAGAUGGUGACAAAUUUGUUUUUAAUGAUGAUUUUAAACACAAACUAUUCCGAAUCAAAAUUAACCAGAUUCAAAUGAAAGAGACGCAAGAAGAAAAUACUAGCACUACAGAAGGAGUGUUCCAAGAUAGACAGUACCAAGUUGAUGCUGCUAUUGUACGGAUCAUGAAAACCCGCAAGACGCUCAGUCAUAAUUUACUCAUCUCAGAAUUGUAUAACCAGCUGAAAUUUCCAGUCAAACCGGCUGACCUAAAGAAAAGGAUUGAAAGUCUGAUAGAUCGAGAUUAUAUGGAACGGGACAAAGACAACCCUAACACCUACCACUAUGUUGCUUAAAAAUAUUGGCGCCCUAAAGAUCAAUAUGGAAAAUAAUAAUAAUAAUUAUUAUUAUUUUAUCAUUGAUAAAAAAAAAAAAAACCCAAACAAAAAAAAAAAAACUUCUGAUUUUUGUUUCCAAGUUGUAGGACUGGUACCUUAAACGUUGUCUCCACACUUACCACUGCUUUCUGUUGGUUGAUGGCGGAUGUUUGCGGAGUAAGGAAUGUAGUGUUGAUGAUGAUAACGAUGAUGAUGAUGAUGAUGAUGAUCAACCUAUGGUUGUGAUCCUUGCUAGCAUGUCUAUCGAACAUCUUUUAUUGACAUUGCCAACAGUUGGACAAUUAUGACAUGUAAUCUACUACUACUACUACUACUACUACUACUAUUCCUCCUCCUCUUACUACUACUAUACUUAAUAAUACUCUCAUUUCUACCACUAUGGCAACAUUUACUACUACUACUACUACUACUACUACUGUGUUGGCAGAUUGUGGGAGCUAAGCAGAUUGAAUUCCAGCAAGUGUUUUGCAUUAGGCAAAAAAUAAUACCUGAAAAUCCACAUGGGGGGGAAAAAACGUACCCUGUUCUGUUUUAUUUCUUUCUUUCUGUCUUUCUUUUCUUACUUUUUUUUUUUUUAUCUUUGUGCUGUUCUCAGACUUCUGAGUGCCACUGUGAAGUUGGUCGUUCUGAAUUGUUUAGAUGGAAUGGUUUAAUAAAGACUGAAGAAAUAACUUAUCAUUUUUCUACAA